AUGUGCGUUUGAGGUGUUUUUCUGGGGUGUCUUUCCUGCUUUUCUGCGACUUCUUCGUGGCACUUCUGAGGGCUGUUUUGUGUGAUAACCUAUGAGGUGUGCGAGCUGCUAUCAUGGGCACACAGACCACCAACGUGAUAACGCUGUCCAACAGCAUUAUUGGCGUUGGCAUACUGGCCAUGCCAUUCUGCUUCCUCAAGUGCGGCGUCGUGUUGGCGGUGCUGCUGCUGAUCGGCAGCAUGUACAUCACGAGGAUCUCCUGCCACUUCCUCAUCAAGUCCUCCUUCCUCACGAAGAAGCGCAACUUUGAGUUUCUGGCUUUUCACGCCUUCGGGACGUCAGGGAAGCUGAUGGUGGAGCUCUUCGUGAUCGGCUACUUGAUGGGCACUUGCAUAGCGUAUUAUGUGGUUGUUGGCGAUCUCGGCCCACAAAUAACCGCCAAGAUGCUCAAUAUUCCGCAGACAGAUCUUCUGCGACUCUACGUGAUGGUGCUGGUGACUCUUCUCUGCGUCCUGCCGCUGGGACUGCUCAAGAAUGUCGACAGUCUGGCCACUGUGAGCACAGCUUCCAUUGGCUUCUACCUCUGUCUCGUGCUGAAGGUGAUCGCCGAGGCGAAGGCACCUUUUCUCAUGGGAGAGUGGCGAAGCGUCGUGCUGCUGUGGCAACCGAGUGGCGUGAUGCAGUGUCUUCCGAUCUUCAGCAUGGCUCUGGGCUGUCAAAUGCAGCUGUUCGAGGUGAUUGAGACCAUGCCAGGCGUGUCACUCGAGAAGAUGAACCAAACAGUGCGAUCAGCCACUGCAAUGUGCUGCAUAGUUUACAUUUUCGUGGGAUUCUUCGGUUACGUGGCUUUUUGCACGCAAGACUUCGCCGGAAACAUCCUGCUGAACUUCUCAGCCACUCUGAUAAGUGAUGUCAUCAAGAUUGGCUUCGUCAUCUCGGUGGCUUGUAGUUUUCCUCUGGUCAUCUUCCCUUGCAGAGCGUCUCUCUAUUCAUUGUUGUACAGAAAGGAUCACAUUGAUGCCGUGAACUACAUUCCCGAGUUGAAAUUUCGAAUGCUAACAGUGGUGAUUGUGAUCAUUUGUCUGAUCAUUGGCAUUCUCAUUCCCUCAAUCGAGCUGGUGAUUGGACUAAUUGGAUCGACAAUGGGUGUGUCAAUUUGUGUGAUCUUCCCAGCGCUGUGCUUCAAGCGAGUGGCCAAGAAGGACUCCACGGAGAAAUCUGCCGCCAAAUUUAUGUGCGUGUUUGGCUUUGUUCUCAUGAUCCUCGGAACUUAUGCCAACUUGAGUGCUAUUGAUGAGAAAAAAUCCGGUCCUAUGAGCAAUGAUGAUCUCGACAUGAUGAAUGCGAAGGAGGAAGUCGUUCAGAUGCCCAACGUGAAGGUUCCUGACCUGAAACUGCCGGAGAGUGCAAAAGUGGAUGAAGAGAAGAUCACGGAGAAAGUUAAACCGCCAGAUAUUGUGCAUGAGGUGAAGGAAUCCGCUGUGAUUGGGGAAACAGGAGGAGCAGCCAAAGAGGUGGUUAAGAGUGAUGCAAAGGAGAAGGAGAGAAACCUUGACGCCGAUGCGAUCUUGAAGGAGGAUCACGAGAUUGCUGUUGAAGAUUCGGCCGAUGCUAAGAAGCACGAUCAUGAGUUUCAUGCGGUUGUCAAUGAGAUUCAGCGUCAGAAUAAGGAGAUGAUGGAGAAACUUGAGCAGAUUGCUGGGAAGAUUGACAGUGAGAAGAGUUCCAAGGAGAAUAUUGCGCCGGAGAAACUCAAGGAAUCUAGUCUGAAGCUGCAAGCGCCAAAGGCUGAUGAUCACGCGGUGGAUCAGCAGAAGCCUAUUGAGGGGGAGAUGAAGGCACAGGAGCCGGUGAAGAUUGCACCGCCGGAUGUUGGAUCGCGAGAGAAACUAAUUCAGAACAUUACAAGCAAAUUCCCCAAUCCUAUUCCAAUUGCUCUCCUGCCAAAUGCAUCACUGAAGCACGAUGAGGCGCUCGGGAGGCCAAACAUGCCAAAGAAUGGAACGGUGGAUGUGGUGGCUGGUGUGCCGCAGAAGCCUGUGGAAGUGCCGAAGCUCGUGGACACGAUAAAGGCGACAAUAGAGACUCCUGUGGAGACUCCGGUGAGGAAGGAGGAGAAGCCAAAUGUGUCCAAGGAGGAGGUGAAAGUGAAGGACCAAGUGGAGUCGUCCAAGGAGAAUGUGGACACGAUACGAAGGGAUCUGCUGGGUGUUCAUCCGCCACCGACGAGAGAGAAGAGGAACAGCGAGAAUGUCGACGAUCGAGAGUGUGAAAGAGAUCCUGAGCAGCUUUAAAGAUGAUCUUGAGAGUAAAAGAGUGUAUAUUUAUCUGGAACAUUGUGUUUAUUGAUGAUCUGGGAUUA